AUGUUUGGCACAACCGUAAAAACUGUUUAUGACGCUGCUCAAUAUGAUAAUAUUGACAGAAUCCAAAAGAACCAAAAUCCAUUGAAACCACAUAUAAAAAAGACUUUCUUGGCUGCUAAAGGGAAGUUCAUUUCAGAACUGUUCAGUUUGCAUGUUGCCGGUGGUGAUGACUCUGGAGCCUCGGCUGGUGGAGCUAACAAGGGCCAGAGAGGUGCCAAAAGACACUACUUCAUUGACUCGACUGUUUUGAAACAAUUGAGAUGCAAUAGUAUCUUAGAAGGUAUUAGAAUUACACGUCUUGGGUAUCCAAACAGAAUCAUCUACAACGAAUUCUUGAAGAGAUACUUCUUCCUUGGAACUAACAUCAACAAGAAGACUUCAGACGCCAUGCCAGUCGUCAAAGAUUUCAUGAAACCAAUUUGUGAGAAGUACAAGAAAGAUGGCAUAAGUGUACACUGA